AUGGCUGAAUCACUUGCUUUAACGUCUUUUCUUGGACAUCGACCGUUAUAUACGGGAGCCUUCGUUAAGAAUUUCUCCAACAAAAGGAGAUUGCCUGAUAACUGUCGGUUUCCAGUAGCGGAAGUUCUUGGUAGAAGGGUUGUUAUGGCUUCUCCUUUGCCAAGGUUGAGGGUUGGUCAGUCAAAGAAUUCUUCGAUCAAGGCCCUUGCAAUGGAGUUGGCGAAGGAGACGUAUUCAUUCAAGGAGGAUAAACUUCCUCAUAAAUGGAAUUAUCCAAUUGAUACCGGUGUAGAUCCAAAACCUGGGUUGUGGCCACCAGAGAAUAGAGCAUAUAACCCUUCACUACACAAUCCCUUGCUUCGGCAGGAGCGGAUAGGGAGUGGUUGGCUAGUUGUAAUAUUCGAGUGGGAAGGAGUUUUGAUUGAAGACAAUACUGAUCUUGAGAAGCAAGCCUGGCUAGUUCUUUCUCAAGAAGAGGGAAAAUCUCCUCCCUCGGCUUUCAUGCUUAGAAGAAUAGAAGGUAUGAAGAAUGAACAGGCAAUGUCGGAAGUUCUAUGUUGGUCUCGAGACCCAGCGCAGUUGAGAAGAAUGGCUGCUCGAAGGGAAGACAUAAACCAAGCUUUGCAGGGUGGAAUAUAUCAAUUGCGAGCUGGGUCAAGAGAGUUUGUGAAUGUCUUGAUGCAUUCCAAGAUACCAACGACACUGGUCUCCACACGCCCUCGAAAAACUCUUGAGGCUGCAAUGGGAUCCAUUGGUAUUGAAGAAUAUUUCAGUGUGAUGGUAGCUGUAGAAGAUGUUCAAAGGGUAAAACCUAAUCCAGAAAUGUUUGAGUACAUGGCACAACUUCUAAAGUUCAUACUUGAGCGGUGUAUUGUGUUUGGGAACUCGAAUCAGACAGUUGAGGCUGCCCACGAUGCCAGGAUGAAGUGUGUGGUUGUUGCAAGCAAGCAUCCUGUAUAUGAGCUUGCAGCUGCAGACUUGGUGGUUAGGCGACUGGACGAGCUAUCAAUGGUUGAUUUGAAGAAUCUUGCUGCUAUCUAGUCUGAAUUCAGGUCUGGAGAGUCAGAGUUUGAAAUGGAAGAAGAUGAGGAUCCGUCUCCGUCAACCAGGGUAGCAUUUGAUGACAAUUUCUGGUAACCCUGUAAAAUGUACAUAUGUUUAUUUGUCAUUUGAUUCAUGAAGAUAUAGUUUUUACUUUUUAUAUCAACAUUGAUGUGUAUAAGAAGAAAAGGGCAAAAAGUGAAAAGGAAAAAAGAUUUCAGGUGGUCAGCAUUGGAC